AUGACCAACGCACCACGGAGCCCGUCGACCAAGAGUCAGGCUAGUUUUCGGGACACUGGCUUCCCUGAACCCUUCAACGGAGAACGCAACACCACGCUGCCGCACCCCGAUGCCAACCUGUCACCCAACGCCGUCAUCUCGCAGGAGGACAUCAACGGCCACCGAGUAAUGGCCCGCACGCGGCGUUCGUUCCUGCAGAAGCACAGGCGAACCAUCAGCCACGGCGUCAUCACGCCGCAGAUGGCCGCCCUCUACAGCAGCGAGGCCCUGACGGAAGCCGAGGCUUCGGCCAUCCUCGACGCUGACGCGCCCUCCAACGCCAGCCAGUCGAGCCUGCACGCGGGCGGCCGCUACAGCAAAGACGGCGCCGAGAGCUUCCUCUCGCACAGUGGCGGCGACCUCUCGCCCGUCAUGUCGGCCAACAGCAGCAGCAGCGGGCGGAGGAACAGUCUGUUCAAGAAGCUCGGCCUGCGGAAGUAG